UUAAGGGCAAAGUUGUCAUUUGCGGUGCCUGAAAAGUUUAUUGAAAUUUUUCGUUCCUUUCAUAGUCGACCCUUUCAUCUUGGAAGAGGAAGUCUAGGGUUAAGGUUGAGAGAGAGCGAGAAAGAAAAAAAAGGAGAACUCCAUGGCUGCCACAGGCUAGACGUGAUCGGUGAUCAGAAGAGUUGGAACCGGCAAAGUGCGAAGCAUGAGGUCAUUAUUCCAGCUCCAUUAUGGGUUAGUUACCCAGAAAUGGCAAGGUUGGCUGAUGCAACUCGUGUGAUUCUUCCAACAUCAAUAUUUGAUAAUUUCCUCUUAGAUCCCAAACUCCUUGAAUCCAAAAGAACUGAGUUUGAGACUGCUCAUUCUUUGCUCGCCAUCUAACCCAAUUGGAUCUGUCUACCCUAAGGGAUUACUUGAAAAUAUAGCCCAGAUGGUUGCAAAGCACUCUAGGUUUCUGGUUCUCUCGGAUGAAAAUGAACACAUAAUUUAUGGCCCAACAACUGACACUAGCUUUGCAUCUUUACAGGGAAUGUGGGACAGAACUGUAAGUGUAAAUGGAUUUUUUAAGGUUGGCGGCUUGGUUAUAUUGCUGGUCCAAAACAUUUUGUUGGUGCAUGUGGAAAGAUCCAAAGUCAGACUGCAGUUACUAGAAGAUGACAAAUACUUGUCUUCCACCUAUCACAUCACGACAAUGGUUUUUGCAAGUGAUAUUGGUUGCCCAAUUGAUGACUUAGUAUGUCUAUCAAUACCAAUUGUUAUCAACAAGCCUCCAACACGUUUCGUUGAUGACAUCCUUAGAAAAUUGACUCCACCAGUUCACAACCACCUGUUCACAACGACAAACCUGAAUGCAGUGGAUCAAAGAAGAACUAAAAGUGGAACAAAUUGAGGACUAUCAUAAUACGCUAUUUUGUAUUUCAGUUUUAUCAUUGUUGUCAGUUUUGAAUAUUGUCCGUGUUUACAUGGAUUUGUUAUGUAGUAUAAUUAGUGAAGUACUAAAGUCAGAAUCAUGAAUAUGUUGUUGCAUUAAGUGGUUAUGUAAUGUAUGUUAUGUUCCAAGUUUUAUAUGAUGUUCCAUUAUUAUUCAUCUUAAGCUUGUAGAAAUGAUGGAAAUGUUUUGUGAUAUAAUUAUGUUGAAUUGUUUUAAGACUUGUCCAUUUAUUAUA